ACGAGGGGAAAGUAUGGUUAAACAGACAGUGGCUAGAUCACUGAUCGCUUGGGCGUUGUUGCUGUUAUUGCAUAACGCCACCUCGAUCCAAGAAGGUGGGGCACAGGAUAUUAACCAUCAACUCACCCGCCCUGAACGUGUAGACGGUAGACGAGAGAAACAAGACCUCUCAACUUCGGAAAAGGGAGGUCACGUGGAUGAUGCCUCUUAUCGAUUGACUGCUUUUGACAAGGACUGGACCCUAGAUGUUAAACGAAACAAAGAGUUGAUUCCUUCAUCAUUCGCUGUUCGCACGUUCGAAAAUGAUGGAUCAGAGGUCAUACAAGAGGGUAAUUACGAUCAUUGUCACUAUCAAGGUACCAUACGAGGCCUGAAUGAUUCUCGCGUUGUCCUGAAUACCUGUUCGGGGUUGAGAGGCUUAAUAGAUGAUGGUAAUGAAACGUUUUACAUUAUACCUGAGACUGGACAUGAGGAAAAUGGAACUCACAGAGUCAGUAAAGCCGAAGAAGACGAGUCCCAAGAUAUCUUCCAUAAUUGUGGAAACGACGAAAUUCAAGCAGACUCCCAUUUCUUAAACGAAACUUCUGGACCAGUUGCUAGGAAGAGACGUAGCAUAUCGGGUCAUAUUGAUGACUUCUACAAGAAAUACCUGACAACUGAUGAGACGCGAUACACCGAAAUUUUCAUUUGUGUUGACAAUGAAAUAUACCGGAAAUAUAACAGGGAUAAAAAUGUCAUCAAAGAUCGAGUCAUAACAUUAGUAAACGCUGUUGAUGCGAUCUAUCAGCGAAUUAAUAUCAGGAUAGUUCUGAAGUACUUGGAAAUCUGGACAAACGGAGAUCCUUUCGGGCGUGGGCGAAAUUCAGGGACUGAAUUAAACAAUUUCAGGGCCUAUCGAAAUAAAAAUUUGGUGAAAAGGUUCCCUCAUGACAACGCUCUUUUACUGAGUCACAGGAGUUGGGACAAACAUAUUGUUGGUCUAGCAUGGGUCAAUGCGAUGUGUGGCGGAAAUUCAAACUCUAUCAACGCCUGGUCUUAUAGCAGUAUCAUUGGUCCUUAUGUAACCGUUGCUCAUGAAAUGGGCCACAACUUUGCGUUCAAUCAUGAUACAGGGAACUGCAAGUGCUUAACUCCACGAGGCUGUUUCAUGGGAGGUCACAAGACUAGACUUCCAGGAUUUUCGGAUUGCAGCCUUAAAUCGCUUCAAAAGAUCAAUGACGCGUGCUUGUACAACGUACCAACUUACAAGGCCUACAACAGUUAUUGUGGAAAUGGCAUACGCGAGAAAGGAGAGGAGUGCGACUGUGGUACCCCUGAGAUGUGCCAGGCCAAAGAUCCUUGCUGUGAACCUCACAACUGUGUCCUCAAAAAGGAAUCACAGUGCAGUGACUUACAUCACUCAUGCUGCAAGAACUGCUUGUUUAAGAAACAAGGAACGUUAUGCCGUGGAGUCAAAACUGAUUGUGAUGUUCCAGAAUAUUGCACUGGUGCUUCAAGAGACUGUCCUGAAGACACCUACAUCAUCAAUGGAUAUCCAUGUAGCCAAGCGAAAACGGUUAUACAAGGAAACACUAACUUCUACAGUGUGGUCACAAGGGACUUGAACCCCAUGGUCAACGCUCGGUAUCUUCGUAUCAAUCCUCAAUACUGGCAUGGCUGGCCCUGUAUGAGAACUGACUUCAUGGGAUGUUCUGCGCAUGAAGUAAGUCCAACUACCCCUACACCGCUGAAGUCAAACAACUUUGACCUUUGUCUGGCUCCAUCAAGCAAGAGCUGUUCCCCACGUGACAACGAGCUCAUCAUAUUUGUAUCCGGUAGCAGAUGCUCAGAGAGACAUUUUCAAUUCACGCGUGGCAAAGACGGAUUGUUACGCCACGCUUGCAGUGGGAAAUUGGUCUGUCCCGAAAAUGGCGGGACGCAUAAUGGUGCAAAGAUUGUGGUCAGCAGGACUUGUAAAGUCGCAGACUCGAAAUUUAUACGAACCGCAGGGCGAUCUUUAAAGCACGUCAAGUCUGGCAAAUGUGUUCAUCCUACGGGAUACUGGCCAGGAAACGGAAGACAUCUGGUAAUAUGGUCUGGAUGCGAUCAGCACAGGCUACAACUGUGGUUCGGGAAACAAGAUUGUGUGGAGCCUCUUGGAAUGCAGAACGGUGAAAUCAAAGACCGCCAGAUUACUGCUACCUCAUAUAGAGCUCAGGAUUUUGCGCAUUAUGCAAGACUCAAAGGCAAAAAAUACUGGUGUGCCAAAGCUAAUAACAAGGCCGAAUAUAUACAAGUUGACUUGGGAAAGGUUAAAACUGUCAGUAAAAUCCUGAUGCAAGGGCGUGGAAACUGGUACGACUGGGUGACCGGCUUCUUCUUACACUACAGUUACGAUGGUCAGCGGUGGAAAACUUACGCAGAGAGUGGUGACGAUCAACAAUCCGAUUCCUUCUGUUACCUUGGAAAGUGCAGCGAAACUCCUAACACUCAGUGCAAGGACUUAUGGGGAGCUACCGCCACAAGCGCUGACCGAGGAUGCUAUGACAAACUGAACACUGAGGCUAGAGGAUAUGGUACAUGUGAUCCAACAACCAAAAGACGUUGUGCUUCAAGGGAUGUUUUAUGCGGCCAGCUGCAAUGUGAAGCGGACGAUAGCAGAAAAAAACCUGUUGUUGACUAUGGACGGGCCAGAGACAAAAAGAUAAUUUUGCCUUCCGGGAAAAAAUGCAAUGCUGUAGAACUGAAAGGUGGUGACAGCGUUGGACUGGGAAUGGUAAGAGAUGGAACAAAAUGUGGACCUCAUAAGAUGUGUGUCAAUUACAAGUGCCAGUCACUCAGUUAUCUCAAUGUGGUUGGCAAGUGUCCAGUAGUCGGCAACAAAGAAUGUGCAGGAAGAGGGGUCUGCACCAAUAAAAAGGUUUGCCAUUGCCAAGGAGGAUUUGAUCCCAAAGACGGUUGCAAGUCAGAGCUGUCUCCACGUAACGGAGCCUGGGGUAGGUGGUCCUCAUGGACAAAGUGUGACAAAGGCUGCGAUGGCGGAAAGAGAAGAAGACAUCGGUACUGUGACAACCCCCUACCUCUGCAUGGUGGAGCUGACUGCGCUGGACAACGGCUCCAGACAAAGGAUUGUAACACACAGAGAUGUCCAAGGGUGAUUUCAUGCCGUCACUUGCAACGAAUCGCCAGAGAAAAGAACCAUUUCUACCCUGAUGGAGUCUACAAGAUUUACCCCACAGGUUCCCGGCCUGUUAUGACCUACUGCGAUAUGACACGUGACGGUGGAGGAUGGACGCUACUGGUUACUAGCCACACCAACAGCUGGAAGGCACAGAAUGUGAAAUUACGAAACACAAACUACCCAAAGUUGACUGAUGACUUCUCCAUUCUGCAAUAUGCGGACAGCAUUAAGAAUAACAAAGAAGUGACCGGAACUACGUUUGAAUAUCGCCUAGAGGCUCAAAGCAGAGGUCGUUGGGGAGGCAUCUGGAAGGCUCCAAGGGACUACACCUUCACAGCCACCAACAACAAACAAACGAAAGUUGAACUGAUCAAGAAGUUUGAUAAUUGGAAAUAUUCAAACGGAGGCAUCGAACAAAGAAUGCCAUGGAUUUCUGGUGCCAGGUUAACCACUUCCGGCCAUGCUCAACACUCUUGGUGGGGGUCAAUAACAGGUGACGAUAAGAGUUACCAUCCCGCGCCUUGGAUUAGUGGAGACCGUAUGGAGAGUCAGCCAUCCUACAUCUGGUACUGGAUGAGAGAGGGACCACUAAAAGGUUCCAUUUCUGUCUCAGAUUGUCAGGAUGGCAACAGGAAUUGCAAGUAUUGGGCAUCGCAUGGUCAUUGCAAAAAGUCUGCUAAUUACAUGUCUAAGAACUGCCGUAAGAGUUGCAACCUUUGUCAAGAGGAAGGAGGAAAAGGACAGGGAGGCGAAGGAGAAGGAAAAUCAGCGGGAGGAAUACGAAGCUACGGUGACUACUGUGUGGCCCCAAACAGGGGAGGUUGUUCCCCUCCAGGCGGCAGUUAUCUCAUCUUCACUAAAAAGAAAGGCACGGCUUGUAAUGCAAGAGAACAGAUCUUUCGUCUUGAUCAGAAUGGCAUUAUUCAUCACAAGUGCAGCGGGAAGGUGGUUUGUCCACAAGACAAUAACCCUUCCUAUGGUAAAAAGCUGAUGCUGAAGGACAAAUGCGACCGGGGAAUUUCUAGGCACGUAAGAUUGUCAGGAUGGCAACAAGAAUUGCAAGUAUUGGGCAUCGCAUGGUCAUUGCAAAAAGUCUGCUAA